CCUAACAGGGGCUCAACAAAGAGCAAACAUGGCUUCAGGUGGAGGGUCUGGCGUUCAAAGCGGUGGACAACCGGCCGAACAAGUGGUCUGUACGCCGGCCUUUGUCUUCCCGGCCACGACUGCAUUCCCGGGGUUUGAUCCGAGACAACACAUCGCAAACUUCAUACAUCAUGUGCCACAACAGCCGACGGCUAACGAUAUGCUCCACACGAGUAGCGGAUCCAAACACUCGUCGUCGCAGUCACAGCACUCACAACACACUAACGUUAAGAUCAAACAGCAAAGGAGUCCCGUAACCCAGUCCCAGACGGGUCCCCAUCUUCUCACUACAGCCAUCGCCUUUCCCGGCAAUCCAUUGCAACACAACACUCAAUCCCAACAACACCUUCAGCCCCAACAACAACAACAGCACGCGAUCCUAAUCCCGGCCACAGCCGCGUCUUCACAAGUCCGCAACGUUAGCUCCGUUAGCUUCAGCAACAGCACAACGGCUACAGUCUGGCCCUGUCCUGCCUGUAAGAUACCCUACAAGAGCGCCAGCGAACUACAGGCCCAUCUCAGUAAUCACACGAAACAAGAGAAGAGCGUUCCGUGCAAUCAAUGCGGAAAGUUGUUCGCCAGCGCCGAGAGGGUACGGAUCCACGUGAGGGUCGCUCACGGAGAGAAGUCCUGCUCGUGUGAGAUAUGCGGCUCCGGCUUCUCCUAUCGAUGCAAACUACUGGAUCACAUGCGCACACAUACCGGUACUCAUCGC